UUCCGUGAAGAUAACAAGGUUGACGAGAUUGACAGCAAUUCAUCGUUGAACGCACACAGAGAUUAACAGCAUCGUCGCAGAGGAACAAUUUGUGUUUAUGUUAUGAGAAGAGGACACUGGCAGUUUUAGGACUGUGUCGCCAUGGCCGAGCCUCCCCAACUUCUACGCACUGAUUCAUCCAGGGGGGAGUUUUCCCCCCUGAAACACUUUGUUGUGGCCAAAAAGACCAUAAGUGACCUGUUUGAGCAGCUUCUCGGUUACGUGACAGAGACCUCUGAGUUUGUGCAAGAAACAUGUGAGGAUAAAGCGAUGGAGAAAAUUGCGAGUCUGGAUCAAAAGUUAGAGAUCCAGGCAUAUGCAGAUAAACUUGCUGUCAUCAAGGAGGUGCUGGCUCGCCGACACAUGAAGGUGGCCUUUUUUGGACGGACAAGUAACGGUAAAAGCACUGUGGUCAACGCCAUGCUGAGGGACCGUGUGCUGCCCAGCGGUAUCGGUCACACCACCAACUGCUUCCUGAGUGUGGAGGGGACCGAUGAGGACAAGGCCUACCUCAAGACUGAGGGCUCAGAGGAGGAGAAGAGCAUAAAGACUGUCAACCAGCUGGCUCAUGCCCUCCACAUGGAUGAGAGUUUGGAUGCUGGCUGUCUCGUUCGUGUAUUUUGGCCAAAGACCAAGUGUGCCCUACUUCGGGACGACCUGGUGCUUGUAGACAGCCCCGGGACAGAUGUCACGUCAGAGUUGGACAGCUGGAUAGACAAGUUUUGUCUGGAUGCUGAUGUCUUCGUGCUGGUUGCCAACUCUGAAUCCACGCUCAUGAAUACGGAAAAGCAUUUUUUCCACAAAGUCAACGAACGGUUGUCAAAGCCCAACAUCUUCAUCCUCAAUAAUCGAUGGGACGCCUCAGCAAAUGAACCGGAAUACAUGGAAGAUGUGAGAAAGCAGCACACAGAUCGUUGUGUUAAUUUCCUGGUGGAAGAGCUGAAGGUCGUGGACCGUGAACAGGCACCCAACCGUAUUUUCUUCGUCUCUGCCAAAGAGGUGCUCAACUCGCGAAUGCAGCGGGCACAGGGCAUGCCCGAGACAGGUGGUGCCCUGGCCGAGGGCUUCCAGGAGAGACUUAAAGAGUUCCAGAGCUUUGAAAGGCGGUUUGAGGAGUGUAUCUCGCAGUCAGCAGUGAAAACAAAGUUUGAGCAGCACACUAUCAGGGCCAAGCAGAUCACAGAAAAAGUCCAAUGCAUCAUGGACGCCAUCAACAUCGAGGCGGCAGAGAAGAGAGUAGCAGCACUGGAGGACAGGGAAUACCAAAUAGACCGACUGGAUUUUGUGAGGAAUCAGCUCAGACUACUGAUUGAGGACAUCAAUAAGAAGAUCAAGACCAUCAGCGAGGAUGUGGAGUCAAAGGUGUCUGACGCCAUGAGUGAGGAGAUCUGCCGUCUGCAUGUGAUUGUGGACGAGUUCCAUGCGGACUUCCACCCCUCGCCCCAGGUCCUCAAGCUCUACAAGUCUGAGCUGCUUUCUCAUGUAGAAGAAGGGAUGGGCAAGAAUCUGGCGUUCCGUUGCUCAGAUGCUGUCAACGCCUCUGUCCAGUCUAUUCAGAGAUUCAUGACAGAGAGCAUGUUCCCAUUGCUGCCCUCCGUAAGCCAGAACCAAAUCCACGUGCUGGUGCCCAACCGGAAACUGGACCUGAGUUACGACCUCAACUGCGCCUCGCUGUGCAACGAUUUCCAGGAGGACAUCGAGUUUCGCUUUUCUUUCGGCUGGACGGCAUUAGUGCACCGCUUCCUGGGAUCCAUUCAUGGCGAGAGAGCCCUGAAACUGGUGGACCAGAAACUGCAGGCUUCUCUACCAGCCCUGCCUACGGCCACAACACCCUCCUCAGGACCCCCGGCCACCGUCGCACCAGCUAACCGUGAGACGGCCCUCAUGAGUCAGGAAGACAUCAUGGUUGCCAUGGCAACAAACGCCGCAUCCAUCACCUCCCGCACAUCAAUGAGUGCCAUUGUCGUCGGAGGAGUGGUCUGGAGGACGUUGGGCUGGAGACUGAUCGGGAUGAUGGCCUCCCUGUACGGUUUGGUGUACCUGUACGAGCGGCUCACGUGGACCACCAAGGCUAAGGAGCGCAGCCUGAAGCGUCAGUUUGUGGACUACGCCACAGACAAGCUACAGCUCAUUGUCAGUUUCACCAGCGCCAACUGUAGCCAUCAAGUGCAGCAGGAGAUGGCGACCACCUUCGCUCGGCUGUGUAAUCAAGUGGAGCAGACGCAGGUGGAGCUCGAAGCAGAAAUCCGGCGACUGAGUGCAAACGUCAGUCAGCUGGAGAGCGUCCAGACGCGCUCCAAGAGUCUGCGGCACAAAGCCAGCGAGCUGGAGAAGCAGUUGGAGACAUUUACGAAGCAGUACCUGCAGCCUCAACACUGAAGUCGCUCUUCAAAAAGGCACAAAAAUAUCAUCGACGAAAGCAUUUUCACCCCACAACUUCACAGCCAUAAAGAUUCUUUUUGGCUCCAUUAGGAAUAGGUUUUUACUACAGUUUCAGAAUAAACUGGCGGUUCAAGUCCUGGACUUGUCCACUAGGUAAAAGUAGUAUCAUAACGACUACUAACUAUCGGGGUGCUAUAUUAGUACACUAAUAUGCUUCAGACUGUGAAUAUGCCUUUUUUUGACAAACUUUUGUGAAAUAAAUUCUUUACGUGUCUGUCAGACUGUACAUCUGUUGACGACCAAACAUUUCCUUUUGAGAGAUAAUUUGGGAUCUAGUGUAAAUCUAUUGUAUAAACACAUGACUUGAUGGAAAAAAAAAGCAUUUCCUCAAAUCGUAGCUGAGGGUGCUUAGAAAAUCAACUGUAGAGAAUACCUGGCAUCUAACAAGUAAAAUAGGAGUCUCUCUGUACAAAUGCAUUUUUUUAUAUAAUAUUUUUAAGCCUGAAUGCUUCCCGCCCAAUACAGCGAUGCUUUUGCUUUAAACUACACUAAUCCUCAGCUUUACAGAUGCUGGGUUUACUCAGCAGUUGUGAUUUUUAUGACACCGCGUGUAGGAUGUGUUCAAGCAGAUACAGUACUGCAUCAAUUGGGGUUCAGACAUUGAAGAUGUAAAAAAAAAAAAAAAAAAAAAUCAUUUUCUUAACCAAUAUUUAAUUUGUAGAGUUAAAGAACAAUAUUGACAACUAAUAUUCAAUAUGCUCUUUUUAAAUUGCUCCCACCUCCCCUGUGUUUGUGUCUGAAUGUUUGGAAUAAAUCCACACAAAAAAAAGAAAAAAACCCCUGUGAUUUAUUUCAGUUUAGGUUGAAAAAUAAUGGCUGUGGUCGGAAUCAGUCGUGCCUCAUUGUACCUUGAUAUGAGUUUCAUUUGCUCUGUGACCAUGUUCAUAACUAAAAUCACUGGUAUCUGAAAAAUCAACUUUUCCCCUGAGAGGAAUUCCCAUGAAAACGUUCCAAAAUCUAAGUUAUGAUCACUUUGCUGGUACUGAAAACUAAUUUCACAAGCUGAAUUUUGGCAAAUGUUGAAUUUAUUCUUUUCCUUUUUUGCAUGUCCCAUUAGACCAGCAGUUCCUGGAUUUUUUAUUUUUUGCAAUGCCCCCUUUUGGAGAUGAAAUUAUUUCUAUAUUGCAAUAAGUAACUAUACAAACUGUUAAACAUGUGACUUUACUUUGUAUUAAUAUUAGGUUUUUGUAGUCUUAUACCGUGCAAUUGAAAAAAAAACAAAUGGGGGGGGGUGUAACGAAUUGAAAGUAAUACCAUUCAUCCAAUGGAGAAAAAUAUUUUGAGAUAAGUUUUUGCAUUAUUAACGCGUUCAAGGAACGAAACAUCUCAAGCCACCACUACAUAAAAUCUCCCAUUAUUUGUCUUUUUCUUCACAUUCCUCGAGACAUUUGGUUCUAUUUGCCACAAUAUCAGUCACAAAGUCCCAUUUUCCAAGUACGUACUGAUUUCUUUUGUCAAAAGCUCUUUUAUUUUAUUGAUUACAAUAACUCAUGGCAACAUAUCAGUAUCACCAAGCCACUGUACAAAUACAAAAAAAACAAACAAAAAAAAAUCUGGUGUGAAAAAGACUAUAAAAAUUAUCGAGUAGGUGAUUAUUUCACAUACUAGCACUGUAGGAGAAUUAUCAUGGCACCAAGUCCCUG